AUGGUGAGUUCUACUUCCUGGAAGAGACAUACCUCGCAGUCCCAAAGCUGUGUAAUCAGAGGGGAUAGGCCUUAUUUACAUGAACCUAUACUAACGCACCGGUAUCUCUUUGUGCAGUCUCUCCGCGUCGCCCCUCCCGCAACGCACCCAAGCAGCACCUCCAACACCAGCUCUUCCAAACUCUCUUCCACUACAAGCAGCACCAAACCCAGCAAAGACACCCUCGACCGCGGCGCCCCCUCCGCGCCAGGACUCCACGACACCCUCCGCGCCUCUCUAUACCCACCAUCAGCGCCGUCGGCCGUGUCGUCGUCGCACCCGCUCGAAUCCCGCCUCGCGAACUGGCAAGCCACACAGGAAUCCACACGCCUGCAACUCCUGCGCCGGAACUUCGGGAUCGCGGAACCCUUGCGCCGGGGCAUGGAACUCAAGCUCGUGCGGGACGCGGACUCGUUCCGGCCCUCGGUGCUGGGUAAGGCCGCUGGUGUGCACGAGGACAUUUUGACGGGCAGGGACGCGGAGAUUUCCUGGGAGGAUGUCUAUGCGGGACAGGACGGGUUGAGGUUUGUUGCGGGCCAGGGGAGUGAUGGGCAAGGCGUUGGGUGGAUGGAGGAGAUGGAGAGGAAGGUCGGGAUGGGGAAGUGGUGA